CAAAGAGCGCGCGAAGGUCGACCGCCAUUACAAGUUGAUUACACGAAUGUUUGUUAUUUGUACAGAAUUUCGAUCGACAGAAUGAGCUUAUGGGUGGAUAAAUAUCGUCCGACUUCCUUAUCCAAGCUAGACUACCAUAAGGAUCUUGCGGCACAUUUGAAAAAACUGGUGCACUGUGGAGACUUUCCACAUCUAUUAGUUUAUGGCCCAUCAGGGGCUGGGAAGAAGACUCGAAUCAUGUGCAUCCUGAGAGAGCUCUAUGGUCCUGGUGUGGAGAAAUUGAGGAUUGAACAACAGAGUUUCACGACCCCAUCAAACAGGAAGAUUGAGAUGUCAACUAUUGGCAGUGCUUACCACUUAGAAAUCAAUCCAAGUGAUGCUGGGAUUUAUGAUCGCGUUGUAGUCCAAGAACUUAUCAAGACUGUUGCACAGUCACAUCAGUUAGAUUCAACAACACAAAAGGAAUUUAAAGUGGUAGUCUUAACAGAAGUAGACAGACUCACUAAGGAUGCACAGCAUUCUCUACGCCGAACCAUGGAAAAGUACACAGCAACAUGCAGACUGGUUCUUUGUUGUAACUCAACAAGCAAAGUCAUUCCUGCAAUUCGCAGUCGUUGUUUGGGAGUCAGGGUGGCUGCUCCAUCAAUUUGUCAAAUACUUCACAAUGUUUGCAAAAAGGAGGGCCUGACUAUUCCAGCAGAGCUUUCUUGUUUUUUAAUUUCGUUUUUUUGUUCAUGUAUAUUCAGGUUGCUAGAGAUAAGAGGUAGAUUUUAUGAACUCUUGACCCACUGCAUUCCUCCUGAUGUAAUAUUUAAGGGUCUGAUCAAAGAAUUAGUGACCAACUGUGAUGGCAGUUUAAAAGCAGAAGUAACAGAAAUGGCUGCCCACUAUGAACACCGUAUUCAUCAGGGAAAUAAGGCCAUUUACCACUUAGAGGCUUUUGUGGCAAAGUUUAUGAGUAUUUACAAACGCUUCUUAGAGGAAGGAAUGGCAGAUUUGUUUUAGGAUUAGGGCCAUUGUUGCGUUGGAAUUAACACCUAAAAAUGAAAAAAAUCUUGUAAACUUUAGGAAAUAAGCACCAAUAAAUGAUGUAUGUUUGUGCUAAA